AGAGAGAGUGAGAGAGAGAGAGACUCACUCAUACGGAUAGAGUCUGAGCUGACGAAGACGGACGGAGGUCUCUGUGUCGGUGGGAUCAGGAGUUACAGGGUUUUAGGAGAUGCUGCCUCCUCAGAGGAGAUGGAUCAGAGAACAGCCAGUCAGCUCUGUAACCUCGUGUGUAAGGAGAAGGCUGUGCAUCAGGCGUCCUUCUCUGUGGGCGUUACUCAUCAUACUCAUCGUGUGCAUCGCCAUUCAGACCUUCGUUGCCUACCGGACAGGGCAUGACAAACUGAAAGGACUCCAACAUCUCACUGUCAGCAAACAGAACCUGUUUACUUCUCUACAGAACUUUUUAGAAGGCCUCAACUCUGGGUCUCUCCUGGCAGAAAAACAGGACCUGAAGUCACUACAAAAAAACAGAACUUCAAAUCUGCAUCAUAGAAAGUCACCAGAUGAUAUUCUGUCGAGUCAGGUGGAUGGAAAUAUCCACCCUGACACAGGCCCUAAGAUGGAGGCAAGAACAGUUUUUCAUGGAGAGAUGCUUUUACCAGAACCUGAAAACAGGCCGAGCCUCGGACUUCCACGUUUCUUUGUUUCUCAAAGUACAAGGACAAGUUUAUCUGCAGAAACUCAAAGGCUCAUUAACACUCCCACUCCAUCCAGUCAUCUACAGGCUGGCACUGAAACCACCUGCCAGCCCAAGUCUCACAUAGUUUUCCUAAAGACUCACAAAACAGCAAGCAGCACCAUCUUAAACAUCCUGUAUCGCUACGGGGAAAGCAGGAACUUGACCUUCGCUCUCCCUGUGAAAAAACACAUGCAGCUGUUUUAUCCAAACUUCUUCGCAGAGCAUUUUGUGGAAGGUUUUCAGAGCCAAAGUGUGAAGGAGUUCCACAUUAUGUGCAACCACAUGAGGUUCAGAAAGUCUGAGGUGGCCAAAGUUAUGCCUGAGGAUACAUUCUACUUUUCUAUCCUGAGACAUCCUGUGGCCAUGAUGGAGUCCCUCUACACUUACUACAAGAGCAUUGCAGUUUUUCGCAAGACUUUCAACCUGGACAACUUUCUGGACAACAGCUUGACAAACUACAUGUCUGCUGUGUCUAGAAACCACUAUGCUCACAAUACUCUGGCCUUCGACUUUGGCCUCAACAACAACAUUACAUCUUAUGCUGAUGACCUGGAGGAGAGAGCUAGCAUGGCUAUUGCAGCCAUCAAACAGGACUUCCAUCUUAUUCUUAUUUCUGAAUACUUUGAUGAAUCCUUGAUCUUGCUCAAGCAUGCCCUCUGCUGGUCCCUGGAAGAUGUGGUUUCCUUUAAGCUCAACAGUCGCUCUGACAGAUCUCGCCAGCCACUUUUGCAGAGCACUGCAGAGAAAAUCAAGAGGUGGAACGCUUUGGACUGGAGGAUCUACCUGCACUUUAACAACACCUUCUGGUAUACAGUAAAGAGCCUGAUAGGGGAAGAGCAGCUGAAAAGGGAAGUGAAUACCCUCAGAGCGCUGCAGGCCAAGCUAGCAAACGUCUGCCUGAAAGGUGGUGGGGCUGUUGACCCGUCUCAGCUAAAAGAUCAUAAGCUAAAGCCAUAUCAGAGCGGGAAAGCCAUUAUUCAGGGCUAUAAUUUAAACCCACUGACAGACAUCCAAACCAAACAUAAAUGUAUGAGACUCAUAACUCCAGAACUGCAGUACACAAAGCUCCUGUACAACAAGCAGUUUCCAGAUCUACAUGAUUAAGGACAAUCGACUGGGAAAGUUUAACAAUGGCUCUUGGACAGAACUUGUGUGGUGGGAACGGCCUGUCACACAAACGUCAUCAGACGCACACUCUCUAAUCUCAAAAAGAAAGAGCCUGCAACACUUUUCAUUUAUCACACACAAAAGAGAAGGUUCCCAAGACAUGUGUAAGUCCAUUUGAAACCACUUGUGUAAAGUCUUGAGAUGUAAUAAGAAAUAUGUGGUUUCCUGCUCUAAUAGCCUCACCAGUAAUUAAUCUAUGAGGAUCAUGCUGCUGCAGAUAACAGGGUCCAGAAGGGGAUUCUAGAGUCUGUGUAAUGUACAGAGGGGCCCUAAAACUAGCGUUCAUCAACAUUGUCUUUAAAUGUCAACAUAUUUUGUUUCCAAGUUCAUUCCAAAACAUUAAAUUCUUAAAUCAUUAAAUAACAUGAAGUCCUUUGAAAGUUGUGCUCUACUGGAAAAGAGCAGGCUUUCGUGUUAGUAGGAUAAAACAAAGAAAUAUAACAUUAAUAAUAAGAUGUACAAAAAAAUACCUAGCUACAAAUUAAAAAGUUCAACAUAAAUGUAGUCCUAAAUCUGUGAUUAUCUUAAAAACUCCGUAGUAUCCUUUAGGAUCUAAACCCACACUCGGAAUCCCCUGCUUCAGGUUAUCAUAAGAAUAAAGCAAGCCACGCUUAGCGGUGCAACAAUGAUGCUGUCAGAUGGGGCCCCUAAGGGAGGUUUUCUACUGUCAUUGCAAACUUUGUACAUUUUGAGCCACUGCUGUGAUUUGAAGUUUGUCAGCCUUUGUCGGCCCCCUUCAGGUCCCAAACAGUUGGCUGCCUUGCCUAAUGACAAGCAGCGCGUCUGGUUGCGUCUGAUCUAAACACUCUUUAUUUGUGCAGCAGAAUUGUGCUUUCCUCCUCUCUGGUCAGGUUCACUUACACGUUGGACUGAUGAAACAGUUUUCAUUGA